CCCAGAGCUCACCCGCUUGGUUGAACAUACCCUGCAUUCUGCUGCAUACAACACCGACCAACCAAACUGCUGUCAAGAUAGGACCAGACAGUUGAAGAGAAGUGCAGUGAUAAUCGUGGUGGCAAGAAACAUUGGGGACCCGUCGGGGAGCCGUGGUCGAGAGGGUCUUCAAGGUUCGCCAUUAGUCUUCGUCCGGCUACGACCGGACCAAGGUCCAGGGGUCAGAUCACAAUUUAAAGACAGGAAUUUGAUGAAAAUAAGAGAGUGGAUCUCAUCAUCUCUCCAAGAAAACGGUAUACUAUUCGGACAAUAACCCCUACCAGUACCACGAAGACAAAGGUGACAAUGGAACAGUGCUGACAACACCUGCUCCGCCUUUCACAACAGGCCAAGAUUAAUUGAAUCACACGUAUCACUCCGGGCCACCUGAUGUCCGAGCUGUAUGUGGCCCCAGUACGCACAAGAGUACCACCCGGUAGAGCUACACGAGCUUACCUUGGAAGAACUGACGGGAACCCGCCCCACCCACAGGGGCACGUUGAUGUACCUUAAGCAGAAGGGUAUACCAGAAGACACAAUACAGUUCAGAGACACCGGACCACAAAGGGGACACCUGAAGAAAUUGGUCAAGGCCAUCGAGCACGACUUUUACUCAGGUCCUGUGGCCAGACACCCAGAGGUUCAGCCACCGCUUGGGAGAGGGAUACGAUUGAGGGCCAGGGACGUUGGAGGACCGUCUCAGAGUCGAGGGUACAAGCCGAGUAGUAGGUCGAUGGCGAGUCGCGAGCUGAUGACAGGGAGGAGGGAUGGUCGAGCGGCGGCGCUCUUCCAGCGGAUGAAAGACAGGUCAGAUCAAUAUGUUGUCGAUGAGUCCACCGCGCCAGGACAUUACCAACAGGGAAGUCCGUACAGCGAAGAUCACGGGCAGAAGCUCUGGCAAAAGAGCCCAUGGGAGGCAGCCGCUGAGGAUCCUUUAGGUCUCCCAGAUAGGGCCUUUGAGCAGCCUAUACCAAAGCCCAAACCAAAGCCCAAACUACAGAAUCCAGCCCCAGUGCAGAGACGAGGGCCACCUGGAUACAGUCAGGUUGAUUCUAUCCGCCAGCACCAGCAAGCCCCUCGUCAGCCAGGAAGCAAGCCUGUCAAGAUCGGCUGCACGUGGAAGUCAGAGGGUAACACCCUGAGCAAAAUGAGGUUCCACCCUGGAGUCCGGCCCUACGAAAUGAAUUACAACCGGACUGCUCGGGGAUGGAGCCAGGGUAACUUACAAGCCGACGACUACGAAGACGGUGAAAGAUACAACCCGCGCCCCACAUCCUGGAGCCACGAGGAUGGAUAUUCUCCCCAGUACGGCCGUCAGAAGUCUGCUGAGGUUGCUCGGUCGAGACAGGUGGUGCAAAACGUAGUGGGACCGCGAUCCUGGGCAGGCGAGAGCGAUGACUUAUAACACUCUUACCGUUUAGAAGUCCAAUCGAUUUAAACCUCUUUUUAUCGCCACUGUUAUGAUCUUUGUGACGUCACUUUUUGGGGGGGGAUUACUAUCUUUUGACUGUAGCAAUUUUUUUGCAUUGUGGAUCUACACCUUCGGAGUUUACGUGCGAAAAUAAACAGACCCUAACAACUAACUGGCAACUCGGAUGGAGCAUUACAAAAAUGCCACGGAGACAUGAACUGCUUUUCAUUCAAGAUGGUAUCCAGUCAUGAAUUACUGAAUUGAAGAGACUCUCAUCUGAACUACUCUUUUGUUUUUAUGCUAACAACCACAUCAAUAUUAUACUACGAACGAUUUACAUGUAUUUUUAGUUACAUCUGGCGUUUUACAAUGCUUUGACCUUCACUCUGUUGGAUGUAAAAGAAACAUAAACUAGAAACCUGAUGUCGCAAAGGUACGUUCCUUAAGAAAACACUCACUAUCUAUCACCAAGAUAUUGCCAAAAUAAAUGGGUAAUGACUGUAUGGAAUUUCGAUUAUCAUCAAGUUUCGCGGCAUGCUUAUCGAUACUUCAGUUUCGGUGUAAGUGUUUGUAGCUUAACAAAAGGUAAAAAUUUCCUUUCCUUUUUAUAUGGAAAUACACGUACAUCUAAAGUUAAAAGUGAAGGCUAUUUAUUUUUUUCACAAGUUCUUUUUUUCCCUUGCUUUCAAAAGAAAACAUUAGAGAAAAAUGAAACCAUGGGCCAGAAACUGGUGCGAUUAAUGCCCUUAUUGGAAAAAAAAAAGUUCAAAGACAGUAACAAACUGCUUUUCACCGGACUGUACGAGAAAAGGUUAACCUUGAGUUGGACAUGCCGUUGGCUUUUUAGACCUGCCAAUAAACCCUGUUUCUUUUUAAUGUGUAACUGCAGUUCAGUUGAGAAGAAAAAAUAGGCGGUAGAGUUAUUGGACGGGUUGUUUGAAAACACAAAGUAUGGCUUAAGUUUUCAAAGAUGAGCGCUGACAGAUACGCGGACAGAGAUGUGAAAGUACGCUCUGCAAGACUCAGUUGAAAAGACUGAAAUAAAUGGAUGAGAGGUGAACGGAACUAGCCUGAUUCUAACUUCUCAGAUGGCGAGGUGAUUCACUAGAAAAAAAUGAAAUCAACGGAUGCCAGCAGUGUAGGGUGAAAUUUGCAUUCAUGUCGAAAGUUUUUGUGGGAAUCGGGAUAUUUAAGUCCCACACAUGGGCACACAGAGAAGGGCGAGGGAAGUGUGACAGAAAAGCAUUUCUUAUGAAAGCAUCUGAAUAUGUGGUAAAGUUGACUUGGAAGACUUCCAACAUGCAUCAAACACUAGGUCGAAAGGCUGUAAUAACAUGACCAGCACAUUAUGGUUGAGGAAGCUCUGUUUCUCUCAAACAAGCCUUGAUUUUCAGAAACAAAGGGAAUGCAGACGAGGAGUUAGAUAAAGUUCAGGGGGUAAAAGGUCACAGCCCACUUUCACAAUGAUUUCCACCUGUGCUCUUCUUUUGAACAGAUACGUGGUGACGAAGGAAUUGAAGUGUACUACCUUAGCAGUACUUAGAAUUUAAAUGAGUUGUUAGACUAAAAUUUUAACUAAUUAGAUUUGUACACAGUAUUUAAUCAAACUAACAAACCUGUGUUUGCAGUCAAUACGAGUAUGGUGUCUGUAAAACUCGUUCUUGAUGUAGAGUUCUCAACUUUUCAUCACUCAAGCUUUGUACCAAGAAUAUGCCAAACUUCCAUUCUUAAUAAAGAUGCAGUGACAAGGAUCAACAAACAAAAGUUAUUUCUACUUUCCUGUAGGCCGACUGUAUAACGAUGCUUACUCAAUUACUUACUCUGUUGACAGUUGAAAUAAACAUGCUUAUCGAAAGUAUUGGCUUUUA